AUGUGCCCAGGCAGUUCCCUUAAAACAGGCAGGUUUGUGGAGGACCAAGGGCAGCAGAUGUCCAACGGCAGCUCCAUCACCCACUUCCUCCUCCUGCCAUUCGCAGACACGCGGGAGCUGCAGCUCUGGCACUUCUGGCUCUUCCUGGGCAUCUCCCUGGCUGCGCUCCUGGGCAACGGCCUCAUCAUCACCAGCACAGCCUGCGACCAGCACCUCCACACCCCCAUGUACUUCUUCCUGCUCAACCUCUCCCUCCUGGACCUGGGCUGCAUCUCCACCACUGUCCCCAAAUCCAUGGCCAAUUCCCUCUGGAACACCAGGGCCAUCUCCUACACAGGUUGUGCUGCACAGGCCUUUUUCUUUCUCUUCUUGAUCACAGCUGAGUUUUAUCUCCUCACUGUCAUGUCCUAUGACCGCUACGUGGCCAUCUGCAAGCCCCUGCACUACGGGACCCUCCUGGGCAGCAGAGCUUGUGCCCACAUGGCAGCAGCUGCCUGGGGCACUGGGUUUCUCAAUGCUCUGCUGCACACAGCCAAUACAUUUUCACUACCCCUCUGCCGAGGCAAUGCUGUGGAGCAGUUCUUCUGUGAAAUCCCCCAGAUCCUCAAGCUCUCCUGCUCACAUUCCUACCUCAGGGAAGUUGGGCUUCUUGUGGUUAAUAACUUUUUAUCAUGUGGAUGUUUCUUUUUCAUUAUGGGGUCCUAUGUGCAGAUCUUCAGGGCCGUGCUGAGGAUCCCCUCUGAGCAGGGAUGCCACAAAGCCUUUUCCACGUGCCUCCCCCACCUGGCCGUGGUCUCCGUGUUCAUCAGCACUGGCACAUUUGCCUACCUGAAGUCCCCCUCCAUCUCCUCCCCAUCCCUGGAUCUGGUGGUGUCAGUGCUGUACUCAGUGGUGCCUCCAGUAGUGAACCCCCUCAUCUACAGCCUGAGGAACCAGGAGCUCAAGGAUGCUGUGAGGAAGCUGGUGACUGGAUGUCUUUCAGCAGCCACAGACUGCCUGCUUUCCUCUGCAAAGGGCUCCCAGAGUAGGUCAUGA